UUGUCGGCUGUCAUUUUCAAUAUUGUUUGUUGUUUUUUUUUUGUGUUCAUUCUCUGUGCAAUUGUUGAGGAAUAUCUGUGGAGGUGUUUGGAAUGGAAAUCUGUGCCUCAGCCUACCUGGCAUCCAUCAAUGGGAUGGCAAGCCGGAUAGCUGCUGAUGCUGAGGCAAUUGUUGCAUCAUUUGAACAUUUGUGGAAUACAAUGGAACCCCUCGAAAAGGCAUCAACCCUCACAGAUGCCAUCAUUGAACCCGAGGUGGCGCUACGGUAUCUCCGUGGUGUUUCAGAGUCAUCUGUCGGGGCACCGCGUGAACCAUCCAGUGACAGUCGAGAUGAACAUGGAGCCCCAUUCCUUUGGCAUACACGAAGUCAAUUGGAUUUGGUGGAUUUGUCCAAGGCUGUUCCAUGUGGUGCUCUCCUUCAGGCGGCCACCACAAAACAUCAAUCACCACCACAGAGACAUCCUGCAUCAUCAGGACACGAUCCAACACCAAAAAUCUCAAAACCACGUGCUCCACCACCUCCGCCCCCAACGCGUCCCACCCCACCAACUCAUUCACCACCCACUUCAACCUCCCACGCAAUUGUCAUCUCUGGCAGCCAGGUGAAUUCGGACACGGAAAUCCUCGUGAUGCCCGAUGACGAUGACGAGGAAGUGGACGAUAGACUUCCGGGACACAGUCCGGCCACUGAAGAGAAAUCUCUCCUCUGUGAAUACUCCAAAUCUGACUAUGAUUUUCUCAAUAAUUGGUGAAAUAUUUUCUAUUUCAAUAAAUAUUCUCACUCCAUA